AUGAGCUGGCGUUUCACAGCACAGAUGCUUGACGCUAUCCACGCCCACCUAGCCAACCCAUUAUUACGCCCAAUUACCCUAAGGAUGGCUCUGUCAGUCUUGAUCACUCUUAUCACGGAACACAUCUUGAAGUUUCAAUCCUCCGAGUACAGAACAAGCUGCCUGAAGGUGCUUGCUAACAAAGUGCUAAAGCUAAGACGUGCAGCGGCAGUGGCGACGAAGCUAUGCCUCUCUGCAUUAUCGGACGGCCACACAAUCGACGUUUUCUGGGAUGAGUGGGAGGUCCAUAGGCUGGGGGCCAUCACCGACUCGGCUUUUGCCCGUGACUUUCGUAUUCUCCUGUCUCCCCGCAGCUCACAGACAGAGUCAAAGGCGAGUGCAUUUCCUCCAUAUCUGCUGGUGGCUACGACGGACCAAGAGAUCGAACGACGGUCAAUCCAGGUAUUCCUCCUCUUGCGGCGAUUGCACCGGGAUCUGUCCGCAAUCUUACAGUCCAUCAGGGCAACUCCAAAUGAUGCCACUGCUGUGGCGCAGAAGGCGUCGUCAAUCCUGAAUGGCAUAUCCGUAGAGCCCAACCCUCUUGAAAGUGAAGAUAAUGCAGAGCAAUAUUCCCACGUUGACGAGUCCAAGACGUUAGAGAAAGACGCAACACCCAGUUAG